ACAAAAAAAAAAGAAAAGAAAUGAAAUGACAGCCCCUCUCCCUCCCUCUAAAGCCGUUGUUCCCCUCUCUAAGCCAAGCCGUAGACAUGGCCACCCACCAGCUGUCUCGUAGCUGUCUCUCUUCCCCUCCCCAUGUGAUCCCCCCAUAUCCAUUAUCAACACCCCCCUCACUCCCCUAACAAGCCACUGUUCUCAUGGCGAACCGCCCGUCCGAUGCCCCGCCCGCAUCCCACAACCUUCUCGCGAACCACCGCGCUCCCUCGGCCCCUGCAUUCACUGGCACGCAGGUGCGUGCUCAGCAGCAGCCGUUGUGGGUCGAUGAAUUCCUUGAAUUCUCGUCGGCAAAGCGCAGCUCCCACAGGCGCGUGGUUAGCGACUCGAUGACGGCGUUUACGCCAUCGGAAGAGUGCAGCCAUGCUGGGUUUGAUGGGAUCGAUGAUGAGCAGCUCAUGGCCAUGUUUGGGGGCCAGCAGCUGCAGGCGGAAGAGAGGUCAUCCAACGCGUCGACAACGCCAUCGUCAGACCGGCGCAGCACCGGGGAACAAGGUGCGGGGCGGACGGGUGCUAGCGAGGCUGCCGAGGUGCAGAGCGCACCGAGGCAGGAGCCACCAGUUUUCGCCGGUGCAGGCUCUGCGGUCGAACCCAAUCUUGAUCCCAGGAGGGUGAGACGUAUUUUGGCAAAUAGACAAUCGGCUCAGAGGUCCCGGAUAAGGAAGCUCCAGUACAUAUCGGACCUGGAGAGGACCGUCGCUUCAUUGCAGACGGAGGUGUCGACUCUCUCUCCGCGCGUGGCUUACCUUGAUCACCAGCGGUUCGUUCUUAACGUGGAUAACAGUGCUCUCAAGCAAAGAAUCGCAGCACUAGCUCAGGAUAAGCUCUUUAAGGAUGCUCACCAAGUGGCUUUAAAGAAUGAGGUGGAGAGACUGAGGCAGGUAUACGAUCAUCAGCAACAUGAAAAGAUGCAGAGUUGCUGCACUGACAUCGAGCUGCUUAGCUGACAAAGGCCCAUGCUGUCCCACGGGCCCACCUCCUCUCACUCUCUCUUGAUGCAGGGAUGGUGGACUCGAAAAGGGUCCGACCCAUUUCAUUCCUUUUUCUUUAUGUAUUUUAUUGUUCAUUUAUUAUUUGUAUAAUGGGAUGCUCUCCCUCUCUCUUCGCUUGCAAACGCAGGUUCUUCAAUGUACAGUAAGUUCGCAGCCGCAUCUUCUUGGAAUGGAAUUCCGGUACUUCCUUUGAUAAUGGAAAGUGCCAUUCUAUUCUUCCAUAAUCGUGUGAUAGGGCAGCUUCCAUGCCUUAGAGGUAUUAUUGGCAGGAGGUUUUAUGUGGAUAUUAUUGGUAAU